AUGGCUUCCUUUUCUCAGUUUUACUACUCUGAUGACUACGUGUGCUCUGAUGAAUUCACCACCCAGCUUCCAACCGAUCACCUCAUCACAUCCUCCGCCAUCACUGCUCCUCAACUAACCUUACCUUUCUCCUCCGACAUGAAUGGAGCAUCAGUUAGUAGUAUGGUCCCUUUUGAUUCAGAUAUCAGCUGCUCCUCCACCUCCUCCUCCUCAUCCUUGUCGUCAAUAGCAGCAGCAUUAUCAUUCCCAACAGGUGAACCGCUUGGGCCUUCGGAUACAACCCAUGACCCAGCAUUAGUAGGGCCCUCUAGUUAUGCUACAUUAUCAGGCAGCUUGUUUGGCAUUUCCGGAAACGAAGGUUUGAGCAGUGGUGCCGCCAAUUACUGCCACCAACAUGAUCGGGCAUAUGACUUUGGAGAUCAAGAAUGCGGCGCCCCGGCUUCGAACUUCUGGCCUCUCUAUCCGCGGGCCAUGACCUCCGACAAUUGGGAAAUUCAAGGCGGGGUAGCACAAAGGAUGGAAGAGCCGACGUUGAAGGUCUCCCGGUAUUCAGCUGAAGAGAGGAAAGACAGAAUUCUCAGAUAUUUAAAGAAGAGAAGUCAAAGGAAUUUCAACAAGACUAUCAAGUAUGCCUGUCGCAAAACCCUAGCUGACAAGAGGGUCCGUGUUCGUGGAAGAUUUGCCAGGAAUAAUGAAUGUUGCGAAGAUGAUCAAACGCUAGUACUGGUGAAGACAGAUAGCAAUCUUCAACAAGCAGAUUCAUGCUACAACAUUCCUGUCGACGACCAGAUCAUGAAAUCCUAUGACGAGGAAUGGCUGCAGGAGGCUAUUGCCAGCCUUAUGUGUUAUCGUAUAGCGCCGGAUAAUGGACUGGAGCUUCCGGACAAGUACUUGAUGAACUAGCAGCAUCUUUCUCCAAGCUGGGAAGCCAGCUGAUUCAUGC